CUGACUUUGGUGUUACCUAUAAAAAUGCAUCUGCACAGGGAUGUCUUGUCACUUGGAGAUGUUGCUGAGCUUUAACAAUGCUGCGCAAGGGAAUCACUGAGAGCUUUGGAGCUGCUGUCCAUUCACUCGGCGCCUCUCAUCUGACAGAUGUGGUGAUUCACCGGAGCAAAAGGAUGAUGCUGGACACUUUGGGUGUCGGGUUGCUAGGAACCAGGACGGCUGUGUUCAACAAGGCUCUCAAGUACAGCCAGUCUUUCACAUCUGACGAGAGGAGCAGUGUUUGGGGUGCAUCGGAGAUCUCUCUUCCUCCUCAUUAUGCUGCAUUUGUUAAUGGCAUCGCGGUUCACUCCAUGGAUUUUGAUGACACUUGGCACCCUGCUACUCAUCCCUCAGGAGCUGUGUUACCAGCCCUGCUCGCCCUGGCAGAGACGCUGCAGAGCCAACCCUCUGGUCUGGACCUGCUGCUGGCCUUUAAUGUGGGCAUCGAGGUCCAGGGCAGACUUAUGAGGUUCUCUACAGAGGCCUACAACAUCCCUGAAAGAUUCCAUCCUCCCAGUGUCGUCGGUGUGAUGGGCAGUGCUGCAGCCUCAGCUAAGCUCCUGGCUCUGUCCCCCGCUCAGUGUGCUCAUGCUCUGGCCAUCGCAGCCUCCUCUGCUGGGGCUCCUUUGGCCAACGCCGCCACACAAACCAAACCCCUUCACAUAGGAAACGCUGCUCGGAGAGGCCUGGAGGCCGCUCAGCUGGCCCAGCUGGGACUGGAGGGGAACCCUGCCAUCCUGGAUAAGAACUGCGGAUUUGGGGUGUAUUACAAGGACUACAGUCCGUCAGUGAUGCCACAUUCUGCUUCUGGGGACUUUAAAUGGAUGCUUGAAAAUCAGGAUGUUGCCUUCAAGCGCAUCCCGGCUCAUCUGGGGAUGCACUGGGUUGUGGAUGCCGCAUUGGCAGCACGUGCAAAACUUGAAAACACAGACGGAAACUUCGACCUCAGAAAAAUCAGGCGAGUCACACUUCGAGUGCCUCCAUCCAAAUACGUCGACUGCCCCUCACCCACAUCAGAGCACCAAGCCAGGCACUCGUUUCAGUUCAACUGCGGCUCCGCCCUGCUGGAUAACAAAGUGACAGUGUCUUCUUUCGGCGAAGAUCAGAUCAACAGGCCUGCCCUGAAAGAGCUCCUCUCCAAAGUGGAGGUGGAGACCCCUGAAGACAACAAGCCCAGCUUUGACAAUAUGUACUGUGAGGUUACGAUUGAAACAGAUCAGGGCCAGAGAUAUGGGGCCAGGUGUGAUACCUUUUACGGCCACUGGAGGAAGCCUCUGAGUCCGAGGGACCUGGUGGAGAAGUUUAGUGUGAAUGCUUCCUCGGUGUUGUGCAAAGAGGGAGUGGAGGGAGUGAUCGAUGUGAUCGGAAACAUCGAGCGAGUGAGAGAAAGUUCAAUCCUGAGUUCAUAUCUGAGGAUGACAAGCAGUCAACACAAGCAAUUAUACAGGACAAGGAACUUUUAAAUGUACUGUAUCUG